GGCGCUACCCGUGCGGCCGAGGGCAACCCGCCUGUGAGCGCGGAGACUUGUUCGACUGCGGACGUGGGGAGUGCCGGGCUCAGCCCUGCUCCUUGGGCCCCGGAGCUUGCUUAUCCCUCCUUCUGAACCGACCUCUCCCUUCUAUCCCCGAUCCCUCCCUGUCUUCCCCCACCCUUCCCCGCAGAGACCAUGGAGGACGAGGAGAGACAGAAGAAGCUGGAGGCCGGCAAAGCGAAGCUUGCCCAGUUUCGACAAAGGAAAGCUCAAUCUGAUGGGCAGAAUCCUUCCAAGAAGCAGAAAAAAAAGAGAAAAACCUCAGGCAGUAAACAGGAUGUGUCAGCAUAUCAUGCUUUGAAUAUGGAUCAAUCAAAGAGUGAUGAGAUGUACAUAAAUAGUUCUCAGGGGGAAGGAUCAGCUAUGACUCCUGAAUCCACAGUAACAAGAACUUUACACAGUGGAGAAAUAAUCAAACAUGACCAUGUCUUCUCUGUUGAACCGGAAAGUGAAAUUUCAACCACAGCAGAUGAUUAUAGUUCAGAGGUAAAUGGUUGCAGUUUUGUGGUGAGAACAGAAAAGCCUACAAAUUUGUUAAGGGAAGAAGAAUUUGGUGUUGAUAGUUCUUAUUCUGGGCAUGGAGCACCGUAUACUCCAACCCACCUAGAGUUAAUGGAAAAUGAAUUGGCUGGGAAACAGCACGAGAUUGAGGAGCUAAGCAGAGAACUAGAGGAAAUGAGGGCCACCUAUGGGACCGAAGGACUGCAGCAGUUACAAGAAUUUGAAGCUGCCAUUAAACAAAGAGAUGACAUCAUAACCCAGCUCACUGCUAAUUUACAGCAAGCAAGAAGAGAGAAGGAUGAGACAAUGAGAGAAUUUUUAGAGUUGACAGAACAAAGUCAAAAAUUACAGAUUCAAUUCCAGCAUUUACAAGCCAGUGAAACUCUGAGAAACAGCACUCAUAGUAGCACAGCUGCAGAUUUGCUACAAGCCAAACAACAGAUCCUCACGCAUCAGCAACAGUUGGAAGAACAAGACCAUCUAUUAGAAGACUAUCAAAAAAAGAAAGAAGACUUCAAAUUGCAAAUUAAUUUCUUACAAGAGAAAAUUAAAGCAUAUGAAAUGGAACAAGAUAAAAAAGUAGAAAACUCAAAUAAAAAAGAAAUACAGGAAAGGGAGGCAAUCAUUGAAGAAUUAAAUACAAAAAUAAUAGGAGAAGAAAAAAAAGCUCUUGAGUUAAAGAAUAAAGUAACAGCUGCUGAUAAAUUACUAGAAGAAUUACAAGACCAGGUUGCACAAAAGAACCAAGAGAUAAAAAACAUGAAAAUAGAGCUGACUAAUUCUAAGCAAAAAGAAAGACAGUGUUCUGAGGAAAUAAAACAGUUAAUGGGCACUGUUGAAGAACUUCAAAAGAAAAAUCAUAAAGAUAGCCAAUUUGAAACUGAUACGGUACAGAGAAUGGAACAAGAAACACAAAGAAAGUUAGAACAACUCCGGGCAGAACUGGAUGAGAUGUAUGGGCAGCAGAUAGUGCAGAUGAAACAAGAGUUAAUAAAACAACACAUGUCGCAGCUAGAGGAGCUUCAAACACGACAUAAGGGAGAAAUGGAGACUGCUUUAAGAUCAUAUCCAAAUGUUACAGUUAAUGAGGAUCAAAUAAAGUUAAUGAAUGUGGCAAUAAAUGAACUGAAUAUUAAAUUGCAAGAUACUAACUCUCAAAAAGAAAAACUCAAGGAAGAACUAGGAGUAAUUUCAGGAGAAAAGUCUCUUCUACAGAGAAAGCUCGAAGAUCUUUUUGAAGAAUUGAGCUUUUCAAGGGACCAAAUUCAGAGAGCUAGACAGACAAUAGCUGAACAAGAAAGUAAACUAAAUGAAGCACAUAAGUCUCUUAGUACUGUGGAAGAUUUGAAAGCUGAAAUUGUUUCUGCAUCAGAAUCCAGGAAGGAACUAGAACUAAAACAUGAAGCAGAAGUUACAAAUUAUAAGAUAAAACUUGAAAUGUUGGAAAGAGAAAAGAAUGCUGUGUUAGACAGAAUGGCUGAAUCACAAGAAGCCGAAUUAGAGAGGCUGAGAACACAGCUUCUAUUUAGUCAUGAAGAAGAACUUUCCAAACUGAAGGAAGAUUUAGAAAUUGAACAUCGAAUAAAUAUUGAGAAACUUAAAGAUAACUUAGGCAUUCAUUAUAGGCAGCAGAUAGAUGGCUUAAAGAAUGAAAUGAGUCAAAAGAUAGAAACCAUGCAGUUUGAAAAAGACAAUUUGAUAACUAAACAGAAUCAAUUAAUUUUGGAAAUUUCAAAGCUAAAAGAUUUACAACAGUCUCUUGUGAAUUCACAGUCAGAAGAAAUGACUCUUCAAAUCAAUGAACUUCAAAAAGAAAUUGAAAUACUCAGACAAGAAGAAAAGGAAAAGGGUACACUUGAACAAGAAGUUCAAGAAUUACAACUUAAAACAGAAUUAUUGGAGAAGCAAAUGAAGGAAAAAGAGAAUGACCUUCAAGAAAAAUUUACAAAACUAGAAGCAGAGAAUAAUAGUCUUAAAGAUGAAAAGAAAGCUCUUGAAGAAAUGUUGAAAAUAUGUACUCCUGUUAACCAAGAAGAAAAACUAAUUUUCAUAGACUCUGUUAAAUCCAAUUCCAGAGACUAUAGCUGGCAAAAAGAAAUAGAAAUACUCACCAAAGAAAACGAGGAUCUCAAAAAGCAAUGUUUUCAGCUACAUGAAGAGAUUGAAAAGCAAAGGAACACUUUUUCAUUUGCUGAAAAAAACUUUGAAGUUAACUAUCAAGAGUUACAGGAGGAGUAUUCCUGCCUUCUCAGGAUAAAAGCUGAUUUGGAAGACAGUAAAAACAGACAAGAAGUGGAGUAUGAAAGUAAGCUUAAAGCACUUAAUGAAGAGCUUCAUUUGCAAAAGAUAAAUCCAACUGCAUUGAAAACAAAAAGUUCAGUCUUUGAUGACCACAAAACUUGUACAGCAGAAACUUUGGAAAUUGGAGAGGUUGUUGAGAAAGAUACAACUGAACUAAUGGAAAAGCUUGAAGUAACCAAGCGAGAAAAAUUAGAACUGUCAGAGAGACUGUCUGAUCUUUCUGAACAAUUAAAACAGAAACAUGGUGAAAUUAGUUUCCUUAGUGAAGAAGUUAAAUCUUUAAGGCAAGAGAAAGAACAAGUUUUAUUGAGAUGUAGAGAGCUAGAAAUCAUAAUUAACCAUAAUACGACAGAAAAUGUAAGUGUGUUUGAUGUUCAUUCAAGCUCUUUAAAAGAUGGAGUUCUGACUAUGACAAGCAGGAAUUUUAAAGGGCCAGUUUCUAAAGUACCUAAAGGUUUUGGUGAAGAAUCAGAAGUAAUGGAGGAAGAUAAAAUUCCUUUUGAAAAUAUGACUACUAGAAAAGCAAGCAAGCAAGAACAAUUAAUUUUGGAUCACUUGCCAUCAGUGAUGAAUGAAUCGAUGCUUGGGGCAACUGAAACAAGUGAAAAUGAAAAACUUCAGCAGGAACUUCGUGUGCUUAAAUCAGAACAGAAUGAUUUAAGGCUACAGAUGGAAGCUCAACGCAUAUGUCUCUCUCUGGUUUAUUCAACUCAUGUGGAUCAGAUUCGUGAAUAUAUGGAAAAUGAAAAACAUAAAGCUCUUUGUAAUCUUAAAGAGGAGCUUAUUUCUGCUCAAGAGGAAAAGAUCAAGGAACUGCAGAAAAUACACCAGUUAGAGCUACAGAAAAUAAACACGCAAGAAACAGGUGAUGAUGUGAAGCCUUUACAGAUACUCAUUGAAAAACUUCACAAGGCAGUGUCUGAGGAAUGUUCUUAUUUUUCACAGACUUUAUGCAGUUUCCUUGGUGAACAUUAUACUACUGCCUUAAAAUGUGAAGUAAAUGUAGAAGAGAAAGAAAGUUCUGGUGUUCACACUUCUGAAAAUCAAGAACCAGAAUUAGAAGAUUAUAGAUAUGAAGUUCAAGACUUUCAAGAAAACAUGCAUACUCUUCUCAGCAAAAUAACAGAAGAAUACAACAAACUCUUGGUACUUCACACACGAUUAAGCAAGAUUCAGGGACAGCAGACUGGUGGCGUAAAACUUGAAUUUGCAGAAGAAAAUACAGUGAAGGAAGAAAUGGAGUUUUUGUCAACCCAUUCUCAGAAGACCAGUUCACAAGAUAUCAAUGUCAAUUAUAAAAACAAGUUACCUUCUCUGCAAGAUACUGAAAAAAUUAAACAACUCAAAGAACAAGUUCAAGAAUUAGAAAACCUCACAUCAUCUUUACAGCAGCAAUUGAAAGAAACUGAAGAAAACUAUAGGGCAGAGAUUCAUUGUUUGCAGGAAAAGCUUCAGACUGUUAGUGAGUCUGCUCUUCAGCCAAGCUUCUCCAUUGAUUCAAUGGGAGUUACUGAAUCUGAUGUACAGAAAACAAUGUACCCUGAAAGUUGUCUUCAACAGAAUAUUGAUGGGACAGUGGAGAUUUCUGGUGAAUUUGGCAUGAGACAGGAAACAGAUAUGGUUAAGUUGCUGGAAAAACAGUACCAAGAACGAUUAGAAGAAGAAGUAGCCAAGGUUAUUGUGUCAAUGAGUAUAACAUUUGCUCAACAAACUGAAGUAUCUAGAGUAUAUGGGGGAAAAGUAGAUACCACAUCACUGAAACAAGCACAUGCUCUGUGUCAUGAAGAAGAACAACAUAUUUUAAAUAAAAUGAAAGUAUCACAGGGUCAAGUUGUUAUUCAGACAUUUGAGGCAAUGGACAUGAAAUUUAAAGAAUUUAAACCACUUAGUAAAGAGUUAGGAGAAGAUGGAAAGGAAGUUCUAUUAUCGAAUAAUGAUAAUCUUGAUGAUAUACUAGAAUCAAAGAACCAUGAACUGAAUAUUUUAGAAGAAAUGUUUUCCAAAGAUAAAACAUGUGUAACUGGAGAAUCUGUUACUGAUGACACUUUGAUAUCAAGCAUGGAUGCUUCUAGACAGUUAAUGUUAAAUGAAGAGCAGUUGGAAGAUAUGAGGCAGGAACUUGUACGGCAAUACCAAGAGCAUCAACAGGCAACAGAGCUGUUAAGGCAGGCACACAUGCGCCAGAUGGAAAGACAGCGAGAAGACCAGGAACAGCUACAAGAAGAGAUUACGAGGCUUAAUAGGCAAUUAGCCCAGAGAUCCUCAAUAGAUAAUGAAAACCUGAUUUCAGAGAGAGAGAGGGUGCUUUUAGAGGAACUGGAAGCACUAAAGCAGCUGUCUUUAGCUGGAAGAGAGAAGCUGUGUUGUGAGCUGCGCAACAGCAGUACGCAAACACAGAAUGGAAAUGAAAGCCAAGGGGAAGUUGAGGAACAAACCUUAAAACAAAAGGAAUUGGAUAGAAAACCUGAAGAUGUGCCUCCUGAGAUUCUGUCCAAUGAAAGGUAUGCACUACAGAAAGCUAAUAACAGACUUCUGAAGAUCCUCUUAGAAGUUGUAAAGACAACAGCAGCUGUAGAAGAAACAAUUGAUCGCCAUGUCCUUGGAAUUCUUGAUAGAACUAAUAAAGUCCAGUCACCUGCCUGCCUAAUUUGGAGGUCAGAGGCAGAAGCACCUAUAAAGUCAUGUGUCCAUGAGGAACACACAGGAGUUACAGAUGAAUCCAUACCCUCCUAUUCUGGAAGUGAUAUGCCAAGAAAUGACAGUAGCCUGUGGUCAAAAGUAACUGAGGAAGAAACAGAAUUGUCAAAACGGCUUGUGAGGAGUGGCUUUGCUGGAACUGAAAUUGACCCUGAAAAUGAAGAACUUAUGCUGAACAUUAGUUCUCGGCUACAAGCAGCAGUUGAAAAACUUCUAGAAGCCAUAAGUGAAACUAGUGGUCAGCUUGAACAUGCGAAAGUUACACAGACAGAGUUGAUGCGUGAAUCGUUUAGACAGAAACAGGAAGUGACAGAGUCUCUCAGAUGCCAAGAAGAGUUGCAAGAGCGCCUUCACGAGGAGUCUAGGGCCAGAGAACAGCUGGCUGUGGAGCUCAGUAAGGCUGACGGUGUCAUUGAUGGCUAUGCAGAUGAAAAGACUCUUUUUGUAAGACAAAUUCAGGAAAAAACUGAUAUAAUAGAUCGUCUUGAGCAGGAGUUGUUAUGUGCAGGUAAUAGAUUACAAGAAUUGGAAGCAGAGCAACAGCAGAUCCAAGAAGAAAGAGAAUUAUUGACCAGACAGAAGGAAGCUAUGAAAGCAGAGGCAGGCCCAGUUGAACAACGAAGAGUAGAUGCUGCAGUUGAUGCAGCAGCUGGAGCAGAAUUAUUACAGGAGACAGAGAAACUGAUGAAGGAAAAGCUAGAAGUACAGUGCCAAGCUGAAAAAGUAUGUGAUGACCUUCAAAAACAAGUGAAAGCUCUUGAAAUAGAUGUUGAAGAACAGGUCGGUAGGUUUAUAGAGCUGGAACAAGAAAAAAAUGCUGAACUAAUGGAUUUAAGACAGCAAAACCAAGCACUGGAAAAGCAGUUAGAAAAAAUGAGAAAAUUUUUGGAUGAGCAAGCGAUUGAUCGAGAACAUGAGAGAGAUGUAUUCCAACAGGAAAUACAGAAACUAGAACAUCAGCUUAAGGUUGUACCUCGAUUCCAGCCCAUCAAUGAACAUCAAACUAGAGAGGUUGAACAGCUAACAAAUCAUUUGAAAGAAAAAACAGACAAGUGCAGUGAGCUUUUGCUAUCCAAAGAGCAGCUUCAGAGGGAUAUACAAGAACGGAAUGAAGAAAUAGAGAAACUGGAAUUCAGAGUAAGAGAGCUGGAGCAAGCCUUACUCAUUAGUGCAGACACUUUUCAAAAGGUAGAGGACCGAAAAGAGUUUGGAGCUGUAGAAACGAGAGGAGAAUUGUCCCUGGAAGUACAAUUGCAGGCCGAGAGAGAUGCCAUAGACAGAAAGGAAAAAGAGAUCACAAACUUAGAAGAACAAUUAGAGCAAUUUAGGGAAGAAUUGGAAAAUAAGAAUGAAGAAGUUCAGCAGCUGCAUAUGCAAUUAGAAAUACAGAAAAAGGAAUCUACUACCCGCCUACAAGAACUUGAACAAGAAAACAAAUUAUUUAAGGAUGAAAUGGAGAAACAGGGAUUUGCCAUAAAGGACUCUGAUACUAUCUCUACUCAGGACCAAAAUCCACUCUUUGGGAAAUUUGCAAAAAUAAUACAAGAAAAAGAGAUGGAAAUUGAGCAAUUAAAUGAGCAAGUUACACAACUUCAGCAGCAACUUAAAAUUACAACAGAUAACAGGGUUAUUGAAGAAAAAAAUGAACUGAUAAGGGAUCUUGAAACCCAAAUAGAAUGUUUGAUGAGUGAUCAAGAACGUGUGAAGAAAAAUAAGGAAGAAGAAAUAGAGCAGCUCAAUGAAGUGAUUGAAAAACUUCAACAGGAAUUGGCAAAUAUUGAACAGAAGACAUUAGUAGAUGCUGGUUUCGCCCCAGAAGUGGCAGAUAGUUUAAAACAUCAGCUGGAUAUGGUAAUAGCAGAAAAACUGGCUUUAGAACAGCAAGUAGAAACCACUAAUGAAGAAAUGGCCUUCACAAAAAAUGUACUUGAAAAAACUAAUUUUAAAAUGAAUCUGCUAACACAAGAAUUAUGUAACUUAAAGAAAGAACAUGAAAAGAUAGAAAAAAUCCCUAGUGCACCAGAAGAAAGUGUUAACGCGACUGUAGAUAAUCUGAGCAAAGAUAAACCUGAACUGAAAAUAGUCCUUUCUAAAGAUACUCUUGAACCCCUGGAAAAUCAGAUUUACCUCAUACCUUUUGAAGAAAACAGCAAAAUUUGCAUAAGUAGUUUGGAAACAAAGUUGCUACAACUUGAGAGCACUGUUAGUGCAAAGGAAUUAGAGCUUAUCCAGUGUUAUAAACAAAUAAAAGACAUGCAAGAGCAAGGCCAAUCUGAAACAGAAAUGCUUAAAAAGAAGAUUGUAAACCUACAGAAAAUACUUGAAGAAAAAGUUGCUGCUGCUCUUGUGAGUCAGGUGCAACUUGAGGCAGUUCAGGAAUAUGCUAAAUUCUGCCCCAAAAAACAAACAGUUUCCUCAAAACCUGAAAGAACAGAUGUGCAGAAUUUAAGUCAACUAACAGAAAAGGAGAUGGAGUCAAAUGUAGCAGCACUAACCUUGAGAAUAUCAGAAUUAGAAAGCCAGGUAGUUGAAAUGCAUACUAGUUUAAUUUUAGAAAAAGAACAAGUAGAAAUUGCAGAGAAAAAUGCUCUGGAAAAAGAGAAGAUGCUGCUAGAACUACAAAAGUUAUUACAAGACAAUGAGAAAAAACAGGGAGGAAAAGAAAGGAAAAGAAGCCCUCAAGGAGAUUUUGAAGUCCUCAAGACAACUACUAAACUAUUUCAUACCAAUGAAGAAAAUGUAUUUAUUGGUGAAUUUGAGGCUCUUAGAACUGAAUUAGGAGCUACCAAAGAACAACUUGCUGGUUACAAAGAAAAGGCAGAAAAACUUCAAGAAGAGCUUUUGGUAAAAGAAACAAAUAUGGCAUUUCUUCAGAAAGACUUAAGCCAAGUUAGGGAUCAACUCACAGAAGCAAAAGAGAAAUUAUCCUUCUUCAUAAAAAAAGAAGAUAAGACUGAGGUACAAGAAAACAGAAAGGUCUGCAGCUUAGAGCCACUUCCUACUGAAGCGGGUAAAAGCUCUGCGUCCAAGACAGAUGCGUCUCUGAAGAUCAAUAGCAGCAAUCAGACUCCACAAAUUCUUGUUAGAAAUGCAGGAAUCCAAAUUGAUUUACAGAGUGAAUGUUCAUCAGAAGAAGUCACUGAAAUAAUCAGUCAGUUUACUGAAAAAAUUGAGCAGAUGCAAGAACUACAUGCUGCUGAAAUUUUAGACAUGGAAUCCAGACAUAUCUCAGAAACCGAAAACUUAAAGAGAGAACAUUAUGUUGCUGUUCAGUUACUGACAGAGGAAUGUAGUACCUUGAAGGCAGUAAUACAGUGUCUGAGAACUAAAGAGGGAUCCUCAGUUCCUGAAUUAAUGCAUUCUGACUCUUACCAAACUAGAGAAAUAUGUUCCAGUGAUUCUGGAUCAGAUUGGGGUCAGGGGAUUUAUCUUACACAAAGUCAGGGAUUUGAUAUGGCAUCAGACGGCCGAGGAGAAGAAGGUGAAAGUUCAACAGAUUCAUUUCCAAAGAAAAUAAAGGGAUUAUUAAGAGCUGUCCAUAAUGAGGGCAUGCAGGUGCUCUCUCUCACCGAGUCUCCAUACAGGGACAGAGAGGACAAUUCUGUUCAGCAAGUUUCAGAAUCUUGGCUAGAGGAGAGAAGAGCUUAUCUCAAUACAAUCUCAUCUCUUAAGGAUUUAAUUACUAAAAUGCAAGUGCAAAGAGGAGCUGAGAUUUAUGAUAGCUCUCAAUCUCAUGAGAGCUUCCCAGACUGGCGCGGUGAACUUCUGCUUGCCCUUCAGCAAGUUUUCUUAAAGGAGCACAGUGUUUUACUAGCUGCUUUUCAGACCGAGCUUACAGCUCUAGGUGCUAGAGAUGCAGAUAGAUUAUUAAACUCUUUGGAGCAGAGAAUACAAGAACAGGGUAUUGAAUAUCGAGCAGCUAUGGAAUGCCUCCAGAAAGCAGAUAGAAGGAGUUUGCUAUCUGAAAUUCAAGCAUUGUAUGCACAGAUGAAUGAUAGGAAAAUGACUCUGAAAAGAGAACAAGAGAGUGAUCCACCAAGCCAAGAAGUCCUAGAAUAUAAUAUUCAGCAGAAGCAGACACAAAUGCUGGAGAUGCAAAUGGAGCUCAGCAGUAUGAAAGACAGACUAACAGAACUGCAGGAACAGCUGAGUUCUGAGAAAACAGUAGUUGCUGAACUGAAGAAUGAACUUGCACAAACCAAAUUGGAACUUGAAACAACACUCAAGGCACAGCAUAAGCACCUGAAGGAAUUAGAGGCAUUCAGGUUGGAAGUUAAAGAAAAAACGGAUGAAGUACAUUUGCUUAAUGAUACAUUAGCAAGUGAGCAGAAAAAAUCAAGAGAGCUUCAAUGGGCUUUAGAGAAAGAGAAAGCCAAAUUGGGACGCAGUGAAGGACGGGAUAAAGAAGAACUUGAGGAUCUAAAAUUUUCACUUGAGGGUCAGAAACAAAGGAACAUACAGCUGAAUCUACUUUUGGAGCAACAGAAACAACUACUAAACGAUUCACAGCAGAAAAUAGAAUCACAGAGAGUGCUAUAUGAUGCCCAGUUAUCAGAAGAACGAGAUCGAAACUUAGAACUUCAAGUACUUCUUGAGUCUGAGAAAGUUCGAAUUCAGGAAUUGAGAAGUACCUUGGAUAGGGAGCGGGAAUUGCAUGCCCAGCUGCAGAGCAGUGAUGACAGUGGGCAGCCUCGGCCAUCUUUACCCUCUGAGGACCUACUUAAAGAGCUACAGAAGGAGCUAGAGGAAAAACAUGGUCGCAUAGUAGAAUUGUUAAAUGAGACUGAGAAAUAUAAACUGGAUUCUUUGCAAACAAGGCAGCAAAUGGAAAAGGAUAGACAGUUUCAUAGGAAGACUUUACAGACGGAACAAGAGGCCAACACUGAGGGACAGAAAAAAAUGCAUGAGCUCCAGUCCAAAGUGGAAGAUCUUCAGCACCAGUUGGAAGAGAAAAGACAACAAGUUUAUAAGUUGGACCUUGAAGGAAAACGACUGCAAGGAAUUAUGCAGGAAUUCCAGAAGCAAGAACUAGAACGAGAAGAAAAACGAGAAAGUAGAAUUCUGUAUCAGAAUCUUAAUGAGCCAACCACAUGGAGUUUAACCAAUGAUAGAACUAGAAAUUGGGUUCUUCAGCAGAAAAUAGAAGGAGAGACAAAGGAAUCAAGCUAUCCUAAACUGAUUGAAAUGAAUGGAGAAAGAACUGGCUGUAAACAUGAAUUAGAAAUGAUCAGACAAAGGCUUCAAUGCAUGGCUUCAAAACUACAGCAUCUAGCUCAGAAAGCUUCUAACAGACUACAGUUUGAAACAGCAGAUGAUGAAGAUUUCAUUUGGGCUCAGAAAAACAUUGAUGGAAUUGUUGUACAGCUGCAAAAAUUAACUUGCCAGCCAGGUGAAGAGCCCAGCUUAGUGUCUCCAAAUACUUCCUAUGGCUUGUUGACUGAAAGACUACUGAGACAAAAUGUGGAGCUGACAGGGCAUAUCAGCCAGCUGACCGAAGAAAAGAAUGAUUUAAGGAACACAGUCAUGAAACUGGAAGAGCAGAUCAGGUGGUACCGACAGACAGGAGCUGGUAGAGACUACUCUUCUAGGUUUCCAUUCAGUGGUGGCACCAACAUUGAAGCCAUAAUUGCUUCCGAAAAAGAAGUGUGGAACAGAGAGAAAAUGACUCUUCAAAAAUCCUUGAAAAGGGCAGAAGCAGAAGUACACAAACUGAAAGCUGAACUAAGAAAUGAAGCUUUACUUCAAAAUCUGAGUCCUGAUUCUGAACAUGCUACUUUAAAGAGAAUUUACGGUAAAUACCUGAGAGCAGAAAGCUUUCGGAAAGCUCUCAUUUAUCAGAAAAAAUACCUUCUGUUGUUAUUGGGUGGGUUCCAAGAAUGUGAGGCUGCCACCUUGGCCCUUCUUGCCCGGAUGGGGGGGCAGCCGGCCUUCACGGAUCUGGAAGUGAUCACCAACCGCCCAAAGGGCUUCACCAGGUUCCGGUCUGCCGUCCGAGUGUCCAUUGCAAUUUCAAGAAUGAAAUUUUUGGUUCGACGGUGGCAUCGAGUCACAGGUUCUUGUUCUGUCAAUAUUAACAGGGAUGGCUUUGGACUGAAUCCAGGUGCAUUUUGGAUUACCUUAGGUACUGAAAAGACUGAUCCUUGUUAUCAUGGUGGGCUGGAGCUCUAUGGAGAACCAAGACAUACUGCCUAUCGCUCAAGGUCAGAUCUGGACUAUCCUAGGUCUCCUUUACCAUUUCAAAAUAGGUACCCAGGCCCUCCAGCUGAUUUCAAUCCUGGUUCCUUGGCAUGUUCUCAGCUUCAGAAUUAUGACCCUGACAGAGCUCUGACAGACUAUAUCACUCGACUAGAGGCACUGCAAAGGCGACUUGGAACUGUGCAGUCAGGUUCAGCUACUCAGUUUCAUGCUGGCAUGAGAAGAUAAUCCCUUGAAACAUCAUCAAUUGAAGUGAUUUUAAACAAAUUCCCUUUUGUAAAUCAUUGUUUCUUUUGUGCUUUUGUAUUGUGACUAUUCAGUGGGACCAAUAUGAACACAGCUUAUGAUUGUAUACAAAUCCCUUGCCAGCACAUAAAAACCAACUGGAAUUUGUAUAUAUAUAAUCAUUGUGUAUGUAUUCAUGCACAAAAUCAUUAAAUUACAUGUAUAUUUGUGGAAUGCUAAUUUAAAUGAUUAAAUUAUAAAACUGUGUAUUUAUCAAAUAGGUGAAAAGAUUAAACUUUUGAGCAUUAUGAUACUGCUGAAUGUGUAGCUUGGGGUGUCCUGCACUUUUCUUAUGAGGCUACUGAAGUUACAUGUUUCUGCCUAAUAUAUUUGCUACUGGUGAUGCAGACAGAAAAUAUCACUUGUAGAGACCUAUUUUUGUAUAAUGGCAGAAGUUUUGCAUUUUAUGGGGUAUUUUGUCAAGUACUGAAAUAAAAAUGACUUCACCAUUUUAA